AUGCCCUCCCUCAAAGACAUCCUCCACAAACGCGACGAGCUGAGCACUAGCAGCAAACCCCAAGAACCACCGCCUUUUCCAACAACGCCUCCAACCCCCGAAUUCAAAUUCAUCCGCUCCGACACCAUCUCCCAAGAAAUCCUCACCCCGCCGGAAGGCGCAUCCACCUCCACACCUGACCACCCGCUUGACUCGCCCGAAGGCGCAUCCGCAUCCUCUUCCGCCUCCCCACGCCGGAGCUUGAGCUUCAGGCUCUUCCACCGCACAUCACGCUCCCCAUCCGUCUCCUCAGGCAUAGACUCCGUGUCCGGACCGUCGCCUCCGCGGUCCUUACGAGGCGAGAACCGCCUCUCGAGCCUCUUUCUCAACCAGCGCAGCAACAGCACCUCGCGCAGUGCGAGUCGUGCCUCGGUCAAUCUUCCCUCGGAUCUACCGCAGAUUGUUGAUGAGGAGGAUGGUGACAAGCAGGAUCGUGAGAGCCAGUGGGAGAAGAGGGCGACCAUGCUCGUGCAGCAAAAUCCGAAUUUCCUGUCCUCCGGAUUGUCGUCCCCUUCGCCGGAUGAAGCUCAUGGCGGCGGCGGGGAUUAUUUGCAGGUUGAGGGGCUGAAGGCGCGCGUGCGGAGUUCGAGUGUAACGACUCCGACUCGGCAGGAAGAUGUCAAUAUCCAAGAAGCUAUUCGACUACACGAAUCCGGAGACCUAGAACGAUCAACCGCAAUGUUCGGCAACCUCGCCGACCCAGAUGGCGCCAACAACGCCCUCAGCCAAGUACUCUACGGUCUAGCCCUACGCCACGGAUGGGGCUGCACCCCAAACCCAGCCCUAGCAAUAACAUACCUCCGCUCGGCAGCAUCCAACAGCGCAGCAAUCGAAUCCGAAGCCCUGCGCGCUGGGAUAAAAAAAGGCGGUGCCGCAAAGGGCGAGCUGGUCCUCGCUAUCUUUGAACUGGCGAACUGUUUCCGCAAUGGCUGGGGCGUCGAGAAGGAUCCUGCUGCGGCACGGCAGUAUUAUGAGACAGCGGCGAAUUUGGGGGAUACUGAUGCCAUGAAUGAGGCGGCGUUUUGUUUUCUGGAGGGGAUUGGGGGGAAGAAGGAUAAGGUGAGACUCGCGCUUCUCUUGCUAUUGGCGGAGGUGAAUGGGUGUCCUACGCUUGGAAACUCAUGGAUCUGGAAGGACAAGUAUAAUCCCAAAUAA